AUGGAAAACAAAAAAAAAUUGGCUCUACUUAUUGUAAACCAUUUGAAAACCCAACUAAGUAAUGGUAGCUUCAGUGAUGAAUCACUGGAAAGUAUGGAAGUAGCAGUUCAGUGCAUUGAGUCAGCAUAUAAUUUAAAUCCAACAGAAUCUGAUGAAGUUCCCGUUAAGUUGGAAAGCAUUGUGAAAGAAUAUUAUCAAGUUAGAGAACCAGUGACAAACGAUAAGUCAGAAAUAAGUCAAUUUAAUAAAGAACAAGCUGAACACCAUAAGAGAUAUGGGAAUGAUUAUAUGAAAAUUCAAAAUAAUAGCAAGGCUAUUGAAUCUUACACCAUGGCGAUCAAAUUAAAUCCACUCAAUCCAAUUUAUUAUUGCAACAGAGCUGCUGCCUUUAAUGCUAUCGGAAAUUACACUGGUGCUAUUACGGAUUGCCAGAAGGCUAUUGAACUUGACUCUACAUAUUGCAAGGCAUAUUGUCGUUUGGGAUUAGCUUUUUCUUACCUGAGGGAUUAUCAGAAGGCUGUGUCGUGUUACAAAAGAGCAUGUGAGUUAGAUCCUGAUAACGAGGGUUAUCAACGGAACUAUCAGCUUACUUUGAAUAACAUGCAUACUAAUCCUGGACCACCACCAUCAUCAAUACCACCACCACCACCACCACCGCCACCAUCACAAUCGCCGAAUGACCCUAUCAUGGCAAAUCCAACUAUAAUGGAAACCGCUGCACGUAUUAUGACUGAUAAUCCAGAAGUUUCAACAGUGUUAAGCAACAUUUUGGGAGAUGUAACUAAUUCUGGCAGUGAUGGACUAGAUAGACUGAUGCAAGUUGGACAAACUAUAGUUACUCGUCUGCAAACAGCCAAUCCCAAUCUGUUAGAUGGAUUACGGAUGCAAUUUCAGAAUGCUCAAAACGAAGGACAACCGCCACCGCACAAUGGAUAUCAUGAUGAUGAACCUCAAUCUUAA